AGUCAAUCCUCUUUAGUGCUGAAAAAUCUCCGAAAAACAAAAUUUUGAAAGUUAUCGAAAAUCUCCAGAAAGUCUGAUCAAAACGUGAGAACCGAAUAAAAAAUGGCUGUGACCUUAGAAUCCGUAAUUUAUUUAAUUAUUGUUGCGAUUUUCUGGGGUGUGACGAAUCCCUUUAUCAAAAAAGGAGCAGUUGGAGUUGAGAAUGUCCAGGCGUCCACCUCGAGUGCACGAUUUUUUAAACAGAUUUUCUUUCUUUUCACUAAUUUGAAGUAUUUGGUGCCAUUUUCCAUCAACCAAUGCGGAUCUCUCCUGUAUGUGGCGUCUCUGGGAAGUACCGAUUUAUCUCUCGCUGUUCCGGUUGCAAAUUCCCUCACGUUUGCGUUCACUGGGCUUGCCGGAUGGUUUCUAGGGGAAGAGAAGCCAAAUAAAAUUACGUACAUGGGAAUAUUGAUGAUCCUUGCCGGCACUGCCCUUUGCUGCCUCGAUAAACUCUCCCCUGAUGAUGAGAUAACAUCAUAAAUCUCGAAUGUAUUUGUUUAUCCCAAAAUAUUUAUGUCAAAUUGAUAGACGUGGAGAAAAAAAUCCACUCAGUAAUGAAGAGCUAGGACGAGUUUUCGAGAGUUAUCUCCGAAACCCAGACAGGUAGCAAAAUCUUCUUAGAACCUUUUUUGUAGAGAAAAAUCAGAGCUAUACAAAAGGUCCUUACCAAAUCUACGCUAUCUCCUUUGGAUUCGUAGAUAUUUCUCCAAAAUCUACACUAGAGCUAAAGCGAUUUUUACCCAUCCCUCUCCUGAAUGAUUACUAACUUUUAUAUUGUAAAAAAAGAUUGUAUAAAGUGGAUAUGGAAUAUUUUUUAUACUUGCAAACUAGUUAUUUAUAUUAUUAUUACGAAAAAAUGUCGAUAGACAUUUCAUUGAGUCGAUUCCUAGGCGUGUAGAACAAGAAAAAGAUCGAAAAAUCGUUAAUAAAAUUUUUUCCACUUCCGGAAUUGAAAAUUGGAGAAUAAAAAAAAUUUAAACAGUUUCUUAUUGCAUAUGAGUAAUAAUACUGCCCCAAGUGUCCUUUACCCACAAACAAUUAGCGCUAAAAACAAAUGAGAUAACUAAUCAGAAAAAUAAUGAGCAAAAAAUGCCGACAAUGCAGUCUGGUUUAAUCAUUACAUGGCAAUAUUUUCCAUGACAAUUCCAAGGACAAUGAGUCCGUCUCAACUCUCGAUGAUCCCCUGUCAUUGACUUUAAUAGAUCGCACAAAAUGACGAGCAGCAGAUAUUAAUUGAAAAAACGGGAGACUCAUGAUAAUAAAUGGUUCCAUUAUUAGUACAAGUAUUUACAAUGUAAGGUCAUAUUUUUUAGAAUCAGAAAGAUCUCAGUACAGAAUAGACAAUUGACAAUGGAUUAUUAUUAUUAUUGUAUUGCAACAAUUCUAUUCAUUAUCUUAUGAUUUAACUCGGACUUAUGCACUAAGAGGGAUUGUGAUUGGAAUGCACUGAUUACAUCCGGCAAUUUUCUUCUUUUUUUUUUUUGUCAUUUGUGUUGUGAUGAAAUGUAAUGGCACACUGAUUCACGGUAAUGUUUCAUGCAGACAAAUGA